CUCACACGUGUGGGGAGGAGACGAUGCGGGGACGAGAGCCCCUUCUCGUGCCUGCUCCCCGAGUCAAAUACACACACGUCGUCUUCGUAGUAAUACAAUUCGACGGUCCCAAUUUUAAAUCGCAUUUUCCAAACCCCCGCACAUCGCCGCAUCCGCCACCUCCUCCUCCUCUUCUAAUUUAAAAUAAUAAUUACAAUAAAAUGGUUGCUACGUAAUUAAUCAAAUAAAUCUCCAUCUCUCUCGCUCUCUCCCUCUCAAUUGAUCCAAUGUUUCAAUCUCCUCUCCUAGAACAAGAGAAGAAUGGAAGUUUGCUGCCCUUACUUUGAUCCUGAAUUUGACAAUCUUAAUGAGAAGAUAUACGGCCCGAGGGUUUAUGUUGACAAUGAGUCUUGCGAGAGAUGCACUGUUGUUAAGGUGAAUAGUCUCAACAAACAAGGCCUCCUACUUGAAGUCCUGGAAGUUUUGGCCGACGUCGAUCUUUUCAUCAACAAAAGCUAUAUAUCUUCUGAUGCAGGAUGGUUCAUGGAUGUUUUCCAUGUGAAAGAUCAGCGAGGUAGUAAGAUAUACGAUAGGAAGAUUAUCGGCUACAUAAAAGAGGCCAUAGGUGCAAGAAGAGAUCGUAAGAACUCCGAAGUGCGAAUAUCGAAAGGCAUUGCCACCAAAUCUGAAACGGCUAGCGAGUGCACGGCCAUCGAGAUGAUUGGUCCUAACAGACCGGGGCUCUUCUCGGAGAUAUCCGCAGUUCUUGCCGAGCAGAGGUGCAACGUUGUUGAAGCCCACGCGUGGAGCCAUAACGAUUGCCUAGCGUGUGUAGCUUACAUCUCCGACGAAUCUACCUCGACUGUGAUCAAUGACCCUGAUCGACUGGCCACUAUCGAAGACCACCUCUCCACCGUCCUCCGACCUGCCACAGCUUACUGUGAUCGGGAUAAGGGCGUGAAGGCGCAUUUUCUCGGGUGCGACAGCUCGAUGAGUCACACCGAGCGGCGGUUGCACCAGCUGAUGCUAGCUAACCGCGACUUUGAUGGGCCGCCAAGGCCCACAACCGCUAGUACAUUUUCAUCGAUGGAGAUCAACGGCGACGGAGAGGGGAGGAGGACGGUCGUGUCAAUUGACCGAUGCAAUGAGAAAAGAUACUCUGUUGUGAACGUGGACUGCGUGGACCGACCGAAGCUAAUGUUUGACACCGUGUGUACGCUCACAGAUAUGCAGUACAUUGUCUUCCAUGCUUCGAGUACUUCUCAUGGGCCUUUUGCUUCUCAGGAGUACUACAUUCGGCACAAAGAUGGGCGCAUGUUGGACUCCGCGGGUGAGAAGCAACUAGUUGUCAAAUGCCUGGAGGCGGCAAUUGAGCGUAGGAUUUGCGAGGGGGUCCGGAUAGAGCUAUGCACAGAAAACACUGCAGGACUGCUCUCUUACAUCACGCGGGUCCUCCGAGAGAACGGGCUCACCGUAGCUCAUGCGGACAUCGCGACCCGCGGAGAGAAGACGAGGAGCGUCUUGUACGUCCGGGAUAUCUCCGGAAACAAAGUCGACUUGGGAGUCAUAGAAUCAAUAAAGAGAGAGUUGGAGCCUUUCGCAUUCCAGGUGAGGAACGAACAAGCGUUGCCGCGCAAAUAUAGCUCGGAGGGCGGUGAUGGUUACGGCUUCUCCUUUGUUAGCCUGCUGAGAUCUCAACUAGAAAGGUUCUCCCACAGUUUUGUCUCCAUAUGAUGAGAUGAGAAUGAAAAAUGCCUCUGUUAUGGUUUAUCCUGUUGUACAGCAAAUUAUAUCGAUAAUCCUUGUAUUUAUAGGCUCGCAUAUGUACAUAUGUAAAUCCUACUCUUGCUUGCUUUGUAUGUAUAGAUUCUUAUCCUC